UUUGCCUGCCUAGAUUUAGGCCCAAUUUUCAUCGCACCUUCACCUUCGUGCCAUUCUCACGGUCGCAGGUGUGGUCUUAGAAAUGUCUCUCUCUAUUCUCGCUGAUGCCUAACCCUUUUGGCCGGGCCACAGAUUUUGAACCUGCCCUUCCUUUGAAGUAGCCUAAUUCCCUGGAAUUUUAAGAACAAAAUUAAAAAAAUAAAGACUAUAUAUUUAUAUUUAUUCAUACUUUGUUAGUUCUUUCAAAAUUUUGUUCAAUAUGCCAAUGCCCAGAUGGCGAAACGUCUUGUUGUUGAAGAACUCGUUGAUUUCAUCAUCAUCUACGACAACCUAUCGGGCUUCGUUCCAUUCUACUCCGGUUUCAUGUGAAAAAUGGAAGAACAAAUGGAAUUCUGAUGUAGAAGGAGGUCAACAACCAUCAAAGAAUUAUAUCAGGUAUGCAACACGUCAAAAGCGAGCUGAUGCUAAGAAGGCAUUGAAAGAUCUUCUGAACAAAAGCGGGGCCUCCAAAUUUUCAUUUCAAGAUGAUGACUCAAUGUGGAGACCUGGUGGGCAGGCAGAUAAAUCAGAUAACUCUCGAAAGAAACAUAAGCCAAAGUAUUCAGCUAAGCAUGCUUACAAAGCUCAACAAAAGAAAACAAAAGCUAAAUUUAGAGGAGAGGGUUUCAAUGAGAAUUUCAAUGAUCAUGAGACAGUUUUUCGAGCAACUUUUGGAAACAGAUGGUAUACUUGGUCUUUUAACUUAAGAAAUGAGUCUUUCUUCAGAGAUUCAGCAUCUGAAUUUGAGUGGCAAGAACGAUCAAACUGGAACUAUAGAAGUAAAUCAUUUGAGGGCAGUAGUGAUUCUGAGUCUGAUGACGAAUCCUAUACUGCAGGAUCAUCUUCUGAUAGAACAGUUCUCGGUCUGCCUCUAACCGGCCCUUUGAAAUUAGAUGAUGUAAAAAAGGCUUUCCGUUUAUCUGCUUUAAAAUGGCAUCCGGAUAAGCAUCAAGGCCCUUCACAGGCAAUGGCUGAAGAGAAAUUCAAGCAUUGUGCCGAAGCAUACAAUUCAUUGUGCAAGGUGGUAUCCCCAGCUUGAAGCUGCUGUAAUUUUGAGAUAAGUAAUCACAGCUUCCCAAUGAAUUCUUCAUUAUAAUGGAGUUCUAACAAGGAAGGCGUGUACAACUAAGUUUAUAUGCGGUCUUAAUAAAUCUUCAUUCUUUUAUAAUAAAUAGUUGAUUUUCACCAGGUGGUGGAAAUCUUGCAGAAAGUUUUACUGUCAUUCACUGAAAUCACACUAAAUCUUUUUACAAGUUCCUCUAAUUAAUACCAAAUUUUUACUGCAA